AUGAUGAUGAAAGCUUUUAUAUGGAAUAUAAGAUCUGUUAGAACUCAAAAAGCAUUUCACAGGCUUCAAAUGCUGCAUAGACAUCAUAAAUUCACCUUCAUAGCUCUGAUGGAACCUUUCCAACAGGCCAGGAAUGUUGAAAUCUAUAAGAGGAAAUUGGGAAUGAAUAUUGCUGGCGAAAAUAGUAAUGGCAAAAUUUGGUAUUUUAUUGAGGCCAAUGUAGAUGUGCAAGUUUUGGCAGAUAUAGCUCAGCAAAUCUCUUUAAAAUUAGUGCUUCUUGAUCAGAAUAAAUCUUUGGUUAUUACUUUAGUUUAUGCUAAAUGUAAUGAAUCAGAAAGGUUGCAAUUAUGGGAUGACAUUUAUCAGGUGGAAGACUCUAUUAAUCUUCCAUGGCUAGUUGGAGGGGAUUUUAAUGUGGUUUUACAUGAAGAUGAGAAGAUAGAGGAGGUUCAGAUUGCAUCUUUGAGAGGUUGGAUAGAGUUUUCAUUAAUCAACAAUUUCAAAGAAUGGUUUGCACAAGUAGAAGUUGAACAUCUCACAAGGACAGGUUCUGACCAUGCUCCUUUGUCCAUUACUUUGGGAGAACAAAACCAGGCAUAUAUUAGACCAUUCAGAUUUCUAAAGUUUUGGACUGAGCAUCAAGGUUUCUUGAGCAUAGUAAGGGAUAAUUGGUCAAGUAAUUUGGAUGGCAAUCCUUUCAUAUGGAGCAAAGAAGUUUAUGGAGACAUUUUCAAGCAGCUGAUUAUUAGAGAAGAAAUAGUGAGGAUCAAAGAGGAACUAUUUAAAGAGGAUCCUUAUCCUUUGAACAAAAUUAUUCUACAACAAGCACAGGUUGAACUAAAGAAGUAUUUGCAUUUUGAAGAAGAAUUCUACAGACAGAAGGCUAAUGUUACUUGGUUUUCUAAAGGGGAUAGAAAUACUAGAUUUUUCCAUAAUCUGGUAAAUGGUAGAAGGAAGAGAUUACAGAUUAAAAGAAUUCAGAAUUCAAAUGGAGAUUGGAUAGAAGAUGCUGCUCAAUGGCUGUAG